AUUGCCCCUCUUGGCGAGGAAGCCACUAAACUGCCUUCUUCGGAACAUCCAAAUAACCAACACAACGACGUCAGCAGCAGUACUUCGUCCUGUUCAGUCAAGUCUACUUGUUCGGUUACAAGCGACACGUUGGACGAUCCACCGUCAGUAGAGGAAGACGCUGAUGGCUACAACGUUGCUGCUCAUCUGGAGCACCUAAUAGCCGAUCUGACAUCGGAAAGUAGUGACGGUGCUGGCGAUUGGACUGACGAGCAUCAAGAGCCACAGAUCGACUUGAGCGACGACCGCCCCACCGAAGAGUGCGGCAAUCGUUCUGAAUGGCGGGCUCGUAAGCUGUUCAAUGCUCGUCUGCUGGGCAACGACGAAAAGGUCUACAGUGGAACGCGCUUCAAGUCGAUGCUUCGCCGAAUCAUCCCUGAUCAAGUGCCCAUAUCCAACUCACAGCCAAUGCCACUCGUGGAGAAGCACGUUGAGAAGUACAACUGCGGCACUUGUCACAUUCUGAAGCUGUACAUUUUUUCGUUUCUUUAUCGAAACUACAACAAAGAUAUUUAUCUCGAUGCAAUCGACGUUGUCGCAAAAGAAGAUGCUUGCGAACGCCUUGGCAAUAAAUUGCGCAGGCACUGGAACGAAGAAUUGGAACGAAAGAAAGCUGGCAAAAAUGCCAGCCUUACGCGAGCCAUCUUAUGGAGCUUUGGUCCUCUUUUUCUUCUAACAAACGUUUAUAACUUUAUAGUGUACGGUGUACUCCGCAUGAUUAUGCCUAUGAUUUUAGGCAAGAUCAUCUUAUACUCAAAUAAAUACUUCAAGGAAACAGUCAACAAUACGUUAAUUGGCAAAAGUGAAAACAAUAGUAUUCAUUUUAUUCAAUUGCACAACUUUAAUCAAUCAAUAACGACAGACGAAAACGGACAAUUUGAUCUCUUCGUUUGGCUGAAUAUAAUCUUAAGCACUCGGCAAAGUGUUAUCGCCUACUCUGGUCUAUUAGCUCUGGUCAUUCUGGUGAACGUCUGCAUAUCACACCCCUACUUUUUUCGACAGUUUCGCUAUGGAAUGCAUAUAAGAGUUGCUGUAUCUCGAUUGAUUUUUGAAAAAGCAAUGCGAGUGUCAACAAAUUCAGUGCAACGGAACACCAUUGGAAAAAUUGUUAAUUUAGUGAGCAAUGACGCAAAUCGAUUUGACAUAGCCUACAUUUACGUCGGUUUUGUUUACUGUGCUCUGCUAGAGACAACUGUCGGCAUAUACUUCAUGUACCAGUACAUUGGAUUGUCUUCAUUUGGAACAUUAGCUAUCGUACUUGUGUAUAUACCCUUUCAAACAAUUAUGGCAAAUAUUCUCAGCAAGUUUCGCUCUAAAUCAAUCAUUUUAACCGACAAUCGGUUACGACUUAUGGCUGAAAUACUUCCGGCAAUGAGAGUAAUCAAGAAAUUUCUUUUAGAAACCGAAGUCACUGAAAAAUGUAAAUCACUGUCAUCAUCAGAAGUAGACCGAAACUGCAAAAAUCCAUGUAUAAGCCUUAAAAAUGUAACAGUAACUUCAGAUGAAGGAAUUCCCAUUUUGCAAAACAUUUCUUUUGAGUCUGUUUCUGGCAAGUUAACUGUCAUUAUCGGAGCAGUGGGUUCUGGAAAAUCAUCUAUUUUGCUAAGUAUUCUUAAUGAGCUCCCUCUAAACUUUGGCUCAAUUGAUGUGACGGGGAAUGCUGUCUACGCAAGUCAGGAAUCGUGGAUCUUCAAUGGGACUGUAAAAGAAAAUAUUCUUUUUGGAAAAGAAUAUGAUUCAACCCGGUACCGUGAAGUGGUAAAAAUGGCUGCUCUGACAAAAGAUUUUCAGCAAUUUGAAAAUAGCGACCAAACGAUGGUCGAUGACCGAGGCACCAGCCUAUCCGGAGGUCAACGAGCCAGAAUCAGUCUUGCAAGAGCCCUCUACACAGACGCCGAUUGUUACCUUUUGGAUGAUCCCCUUUCUGCAGUUGAUUCGUCCGUCUCUAAGCACAUCUUUGAGAAGUGCAUCAAAGAAUAUUUGCACAACAAAUGCGUCAUUCUGGUCACCCAUCAGUUGCAGUUUAUCAAACAGGCUGAUCAGAUUGUUGUGCUCAAAGAUGGUGGCUGUUUUGCCUGUGGCUCUUACACAGAUCUUCUCAAUCAGGGCAUUGACGUUUUUAAGUACUCAAUUGCUGAGCAAGAGAAACCUGAAACAUUGUCUCAGUACCCUGAUGCACCUUCAAGUCCACCAAUACUAAAAAAUCCUGCACUUCUUCGAUUCCGUGUUGAUUCGUUCAAUUCUGAUAUUUUUAGAACGAGUCGCACAAACUCUUUUAUUGAAAGUGAACAUGACGGUGUGUCAGUUCACGAUCAAGUCAGUAUUCUGGAGUACCUGACCACUCCCGACGGUGCUAAUCUUGAUGAAGCAAAAAAACUGCCUCAGAAUAUGGAGUCAAAUGAAAGUGGCAGACUUUUCACUCUAUCUGACUAUUGGCUUUCGCUGUGGACUGAUCACGAAGAAAAAUUGCAAAUUGAACGAGAAACAAACGUUGCCUUUGAACGAAGCCCAAUUAUAGCAGAAGAACGACACUACAACAUUAUUAUUUAUAGAAUUUCAAGAGAUCUAGGCAUAAUUGAUGACCUUAUUCCACCGAUAGCAUUUGAGGCGUUGGAAAUUUUAGGCAACAGUCUAGCAAUAUUCAUCCUCUGCAGCAUACUGAACUGGUUUGUCGUAAUGCCAUUUGUAGUGCUAAUGAUUCUCAUUUACUUGGCCUCACGAUUCUACGUGAAUACUGCCCGUAAACUGAAACGUUUAGAGGCCGUUGCUCGAAGUCCUCUUUUCAAUCAACUUGCUUGUUCACUUACUGGUUUGCCAACUAUUCGCUCUUAUCGAAUGCAAAAACUAUUUAUUGAACGGUUCAAUGACACUCAGGAUGUUCAUACAGCGACUUAUUUCGCAUUUAUUUCUGCAAGCAGACUGUACGGCAUUUUCCUAGAGAUUCUUUGCGUUCUCUACAUAACUUCCCUGAUCAUAGUAAUCAACAUCAACUUAGACUCUUACACGGGCUCUGUAAUUGGGCUCUCUAUAUCUCAAGUGUUGGCCAUUUGUAACACAUUCAACUGGGGCGUACGUCAGGGAGCUGAGCUUGAUAGUUUGAUAGUAAGCGUAAAUCGUAUUGUCGAGUUUGGCGAGCUAGACAAAGAAGAACUCGAUAAAUGCAAACAAGAACCGGACACAAAAUGGCCGUGGCGAGGAGAAAUUGUGUACAAAAAUGUAUCGUUGGUGUUCAACACAGCUGCUAAUUUAGACGAUAUUGAUGAGCCGCCUAAAAAAGUUCUCAAUAACUUGAGUUUUCAUAUUAGAGGCGGCGAGAAGAUCGGAAUCGUUGGCAGGACAGGAGCCGGAAAAUCGUCAUUGAUCACUACUUUGUUUCGACUGACUCAACCAACUGGUCAAAUACUCAUUGAUAACAUUGACACAUCUGACACUAGUCUUUCAAGACUGAGGAAAGGACUGGCAAUUAUUCCACAAGAACCAAUUCUUUUUUCAGGGACUAUUCGACGUAAUUUAGACCCUUUUAAUGAAAAAAGUGACGAAGAACUGUGGGAUGCAAUUGACAAAGUACAACUGAAAAAUAAAAUUCUGUCUUUCCCUUCUAAACUGGAUAGUUCAGUUUCAGAUUGUGGUUCUGAUUUUUCAGUUGGACAAAAGCAACUUAUAUGUUUGGCUCGAGCCAUUUUGCGGCGUUCUCCAAUUCUUAUCCUAGAUGAAUGUACAGCAAAUUGUGAUCCUCGAACGGACAGUUUGAUUCAGCAAGCAAUUCGAAAUGAAUUUGCCAGCAACACUGUGCUAACCAUAGCCCACAGGUUGAUAACCAUCAUUGAUUAUGAUCGUAUUAUGGUUCUCGACCAGGGCCGUCUGGUGCAAUUUGACUCUCCUUAUGAACUUAUCAAACAAAGAUCGGGUAUCUUCUAUGAACUCUACAGCAGUCUCAACCCUGAUACUAAAGUGGAAUUAAAACGAAUGGCGUUGAAAGCUUAUGCUGAGAAACAACAGACUCAAUUGUAG